GCGCUGCAGGAGAUGACGAAGCCGAAGCGCAUCGAAAUCACAGAUGGCUUCUGGUCCGAGCUGCUAAAGGUGCAACUGCCAGGUUCCUCCAAGCCUGGCUUCUUCGAUGCGCACUACGCAGAGCCUCUGGUGCUGGAGGGUGUCGUGAAAUCUUCGUACUUUCUCCAGCUCGUCGCCACGAACGAGCACAGCGCGAAUUUCAGGACGUUUCUCCGUUUCUGGGCCCAACUGCUUCAUCACCACAGAUCGGCACCUAGCGGCUCGAAACCCUGCUCGCUCUCAGCCGUGCUAAACCUGUCGCUCCUGAAUCGCUGCCUCCUGAAGCUCUUUGCAGAAAGCUUCACAGUGCAAGAGCUCCUCUUCCAGAUGGAGCAGGUGCCCGUUCUGGAGGCAUCCAAAGCAGAGCAGACUGAGGCCAGCCAGCUCUUUGUGUCCUACCGUGGCGUGCGCCAAGUCGCCGAGCGGCCCGGCGCCGACGAGGCAGGCUCUGCUGUCCUGGCGCGGUUGGGAAAGCCCUUCCUGGAGCUCUACCCGGAGGACGCUCCGCUGCUGCAGGAUGCAGACAUCUGCAUGCUCAGACUCCUCCCCUCGGGAGAAAAUUUGUCGGCCAGCGAGGCCGGAUACCGUUUGGCAGAGCCUGGGCCAGAGGAAGUGGUGUUGUGCCCCGGCGGGGUGCCCAACUGGCGAGGCAGCGUGGUCCGGGAAGUCUUCCUAGAAGCAACCGACUUCUUGAUGCAUUCGUCUUUCGGCGCUGCGAACAGCGCCGCGCCGACGACGCAAAGCGAGGCAGGGUCGCGGAAUGGCUUCACACCAGCAGUGGCGAUGAGAUUGCAGGCCCUGCUGCUGGAAAUCUUUCUGCUCCUUUUCGCCGCAGUAGCCCAGCCCCCUGGGGCGGAUGAGGAGCAGCCGCAGGUGCGCUCUGCGCCAUACCUUUCACUGGCUGAGGGUCUAAGCAGACCGGCUGCAGGCACCCCGUCCUCCAAGAACGGGAAGCCGAAGGGUGCUGAGGCAGAAGCCAGUCGACAACCCGAGCCAAAGUUGCCGGGGGCAGGAGACGCCUUGUUGCCUUUCGUGGCGGCCUUCCAGGAGGUGCUGCAGGAAAAGGAAGACGAGGGUGAAGGCCAGCCGGGGGACUCACGAGAUCAUCGAGCUCAGGCUUUCAUCGCCACGCUGCUCAACUUUAUCUGGCUGGAACCGUUUGCGGGGCUGCUGCCGAACCCUCCCAAGGAGGUGUUGCACCUCGUUCAGUCGGGCCCUUCGCGGGGAGACGACGCCGACGGAAGCCUUGGCAGGAAAUCGGAGGUGUCACGUAUGUACCUUGCCAGCUCCGAGUUGAUGCCGGGUCUUCCAUCUGGCUACGUGGGGGACGAGGGAGCUGGCUCGUCCGAAGCCGCUGCCGCCGGGAAGUCGCUAGCCCGGAGGUCCCUCAUCGUCCUUCUGCUGCUCCUGUUUUACAAUACGAAGGAUCAUCCGGAUCUGGCCAGAGCCUUUGCCUCUUUAGCCGAUCCUCGGCAGAGCUCCGCGGACGACUGCGCAUACGGUGUCCUGGUGGCACCAAUACAUUUCCCGCGCCUCCUGCGGGCGAUACUGCAAAAGCUGCAGGAGCCCGGGUAUCCCCUCCUGCUCUACGCCCUGGUCGUGCGGGUGCCGAAGUUUCGCAAGUACUGCUCCAGCAAUCCAGAGAAGGUCUUGCCGACAGUGUUGGAGGCGCUGAAUGCGCUGCCCUCCUCCACUGAAAACAAGACGGCCAUGGUGGCUACCCCACCAGCUGCGACUGCCCUGCUCAUCGUUCUUCUCUGCCUCACAGGGGAAAGGGGCUUCUGUGAGCAGUCUUCUGUGGUGCACCUCGAGGAUGCGCGCAGCGUCCUCGGAGCCUCACAGAGGUCCAUCCGCGACAUUUCGCUCUCCUCACUUCUCGUGGUGGUCCUGCUGCGUGUCGCGCACUGGAACUUCGGCGCCGGCCGAGAUUCGUUCUUCAACCGUGCAAUUGCAGGCACGCUGGGAAAUCUCGCCGGGCACGGUGUCGAGCAUGUGCAUUGGCAUGCCGCGACGCGAAUGCUCGAGGUGGCUGGGCUUCUGGCGCGCAAUGCCGUGAAAGCCCCCACUCCGGCCCGAGGCGCGGCGGACGAAGGGGAGCUCCAUCGUUCCAGGAUGGUGAAAGCUCUGCUCCGUUCCCUGCUGAGGUUGGUCUCCAGCUGCCUGCGCAGCCCGCGCGUGACGACGAACACACAACUCGUCUACGCGCUUCAGAAGGACUAUCCGGCACAGUUCACGCAACUGGAAGCCGAUCCUGACAUGGGCCCUCCGCUCAUCCACGCACGGACCGCCACCGACUGGUUUGAGGCCCAAUGCCCUCCCAACGACGACGGUGCUGUGGCAGUCGAGGAACACCUCUCCCGCUUGGAGGAGGCCUCUGCGAGGCUACCGGCCGAGUUGAUGACCCUGGCCUCGGUCGCUGGUGCCAGUGUUUCUGCUUUCGCCGAGACGGCAGAUGUUUCGGCCUACUUCCUCCCAUCGAUUUGGCGAGCUGCCCUCAAGCUGAUCCCAGAGCAUGUGUGUUGGACUCUCUCGGGAUCGGCGGCCAAGACCUGA